CGAUUUUUUGCUGGCAACGUGCAACACGACGAUGCAGGCCAACUUGGUGCCAAGCGCGCUCAUCGAGCGGGCCGAUACGAAGAAGAUGCUGUACCGCGCCUGUGGGCUCUGCAAGCGAGUGGUGCCGGGCGACCAGCGACCGUACUGCCGCUUUUGCAACGUUUCGCUGCACGAGACGACCCAAGUGAUCUGGAGGUACAAGCUCGUGCUCAGUUGCGCGAUUGGCAUGACGCUCCUCAACGUUAUCCUUUUUGACGAAGUUGCUGAGGUGUUUCUUGGUGCGCCGGCCAGCCGCUAUGCCAAACUACGGGAGAAGCUGCCGUCGCUUGAUGCAGCGGUGGCCGAGACGCUCGAAGGGUCCCUUGUCGAGAUGACGCUGCAGGAGAGCGCGGUCAACUCCGCCACCGGAUACGAGCGAGAGCCCAAGGCCGUUCGCAUUGCGUGGUAUGGGUCCGCCGACGCGACGCCGCUGCUCACGCGUGUCCUCCAGCGCCACUACAAGGACAACAACGUCGCGCUCUAGUCGCUACCUUAGUUGCUUUGAGUAAAGACCUUGCUCUUCUUCUGCA